AUGCCCUUGCGUCACCGUGAUGUCAUGCAGAGUCAAAUGGUCGAUUCUUAUGGUCCGGUGAUAUCAGAUGUUAAUGUCGUCCUCUUUGACAAGAUGCUGACAAAUAAUGAAGGCUUUUACUUGCUGUUUGCUAGCCAGGCCGAGUUACCGCCACGGGCUGCCCCAGCCACGCAAAAGCUACCGCCACGGGCUGCCCCAGCCACGCAAAAGCUACCGCCACGGACUGCCCCAGCCAUGCAAAAGCUACCGCCACGGGCUGCCCUAGCCACGCAAAAGUUACCGCCACGGGCUGCCCCAGCCACGCAAAAGCUACCGCCACGGGCUGCCCCAGUCACGCAAAAGUUACCGCGCCACGGACUGCCCCAGCCACGCAAAAGCUACCGCGCCACGGGCUGCCCCAGUCACGCAAAAGCUACCACGCCACGGGCUGCCCCAGCCACGCAAAAGCUACCGCGCCACGGGCUGCCCCAGCCACGCAAAAGCUGCUGCCACGCAAAAGCUACCGCGCCACGGGCUGCCCCAGCCACGCAAAAGCUACCGCGCCACGGGCUGCCCCAGCCACGCAAAAGCUACCGCGCCACGGGCUGCCCCAGCCACGCAAAAGCUACCGCGCCACGGGCUGCCCCAGCCACGCAAAAGCUACCGCCACGGGCUGCCCCAGCCACGCAAAAGCUACCGCCACGGGCUGCCCCAGCCACGCAAAAGCUACCGCCACGGGCUGCCCCAGCCACGCAAAAGCUACCGCCACGGGCUGCCCCAGCCACGCAAAAGCUACCGCCACAGGCUGCGCUGUCAGCAGCUGGUUUUUGA